AAGAUAGGACUGGGCCCAAGGUCACCCAGAUAGUCCCGCCCCUUCGCCCCUCCUAACUAUUUUACUCUCCUUAGCUCAUUAGCUCAAGUCGCGAAUGUGUGGCGUGUGCCAGUGUGCCCGUGUGGCGUGUGCCGUGCCUCGAGUUAGGGCUGAUAACUGAGCUAUGAAGCAUAUAUGUCAGUAUGGCCGGGUUGGAUGCUGUGUCUCGACUGCUCGACAGGAACAGGGAACUGAUUUCGCGCGAGCUCGAGUCGACCAAGAUCCUCGGCUUGCUGGUGAAAAAGGGUGUGCUCUCGGUCGACGAGGAACAGGCCGUCAACAGCCACACCGACGCCAACCUCCGGUGCGACGUCUUCGUCAGGGUGCUCGGCUCGCCCAGAAGGGAUUGUCUGCCUUCAGGGAGCUGUGCUACGCCCUCAAGAAAGAGUGUCCUCAUGUGCUCACCAGCCUGCUCGUCGACGCCGGCAGAAAUUACCCUGCAACAGGAGUUGAAGCACAAGAACAUAGUGCGUCUCUACGAUGUUCUGCACAGCGACAAAAAGCUGACUUUGGUCUUCGAGCACUGCGACCAAGACUUGAAAAAGUACUUUGACAGCCUCAACGGAGAAAUCGACCCCGACGUCGUCAAGUCUUUCAUGUAUCAACUUCUCCGAGGACUGGCGUUUUGUCACAGCCACAAUGUCCUGCACCGUGAUCUCAAACCUCAAAAUUUGCUUACAAACAAGAAUGGUGAGUUGAAGCUGGCUGACUUUGGUCUGGCCCGAGCUUUUGGCAUUCCGGUCAAAUGUUAUUCUGCCGAGGUCGUCACCCUCUGGUAUCGUCCGCCCGACGUCCUUUUCGGAGCCAAACUCUACACCACGUCUAUCGACAUGUGGUCGGCUGGAUGCAUUUUCGCAGAGCUGGCCAAUGCUGGUCGUCCUUUAUUCCCUGGGUCUGACGUUGAUGAUCAGCUGAAACGGAUCUUCAAGCUGCUUGGCACUCCGACCGAGAGCACCUGGCCAGGAGUAACUCAACUGCCAGACUUCAAAGCAUUCCCAAUCUAUCAUCCUAGCAUGAGCUUUUCACAAGUGGUGCCAAAACUCAGUUCAAAAGGGCGUGAUUUGUUGCAGCAUCUGCUUGUGUGUAAUCCUGCUCUUCGGAUGUCAGCGGAGGAUGCGAUGGCACACCAGUAUUUCAGCGAUCUUAGUUCUGCAAUUAAGAACGACCGAUGUCAAUAGCACGAGUCCCUCCCUGGCCGCAAACGAAUUCACUCGCUUGUUUAGCAUUUGUGCCAUCCCGACUAAAAGACAUCUAGUCUAGCUUCGGAAUAGUUUUUAGCCGCAACCACUGCGACAAUUCACCACAUCACAUUAUUUCAUCUUAGGUGGAAGAGACUAAGGUUGUUUUGUUUAUUGUGCUUUCAGAAGAGUUGCACCAAAUUUGUGCAUUAAUUUGCCAUGUUUUGAUAAAUGUUGAUUUUGUAUUUAGCAUGCUUAAACUAUAAGAUGUUAUCGUAUCAGGCCAUUAAGAAAUUUUAUUCCAAAAUGUGGAUCUUUCUUUGUUAUUGCUGUAGUAUUUUAUUAUAUUAUAUUAAAAAUAUACUUAAAUCAAAUGUCAUUUUAAAAUUAUGCAUGGUAGGUGAUGUCAUUGUGGAAGUAUCCGUGCAGCAUCCGUGGCAAGUUUGUGAUGAUUUAAUGUACUCAAUUGAUAUUAGUGUUUAAUAUCCAAUCAAGGAUGGACGCGAUCUCAAAUUUUUGCGAUCGCGAUUUUGAAAAUUAAAAAUUGUGCGAUUGCGAUCCUGAAAAUUAAAAAUUGUGCGAUCGCGAUCGCGAUCAUGAAAUUGAAAAAUCGUGCGAUUGCGAUCGCGAUCAAAAACAUUGCGAUCAUUUGCCAUCAAAUAUAUUUUUUAAAAAUAAAUUUCCGAACGUUUCUUUUAUCAAUUCUGGUUUCAGAACGAGGAGUCCGAACAAAAAUGAACUCCGUAAAUGAAAAGCCUUAGUUUAAGAAAUUUUUCUGUCAAAUUACUUGAAAUUGACAUUUUUUCUUCCAGAUUUAGCAUUAAAUUCGCCAAGAUUAAGCAUAAAAAUUUUUCUUUCCUCGAUCGCAAAUGAUCGCCUGCAAUCAACCACCUUUUGCGAUUGCGAUCGCGAUCAUAUUUUCAAAAAUUGGUGCGAUCGCGAUCAGAUCGCAAUCGCGGAUCGCAGAUCGCUUUUGCGAUUUUGUCCAUCCUUGUAUCCAAUAAAUAUGUCCACCACUUACAAUUAGAGAAGUUAAUUUAAGGGAUUCGAUCAGAGUAAUAACCAACAUUUUUUUAUUAAUUUGCCUGAUGAAGUCUUAAAGACAAUUUUAUUUUAUUCUCAAAUAGAGCCAAUUUUGAUUAGGGCUGCCAGGUCACCAAAAUGGCUCGGCUGUGGCGGAUCGGGGAAUUUUUCCAGCGGCACUUUUCACUAUUGCAAAGUCACAAAAACGAAACUAAUGAAGCCAAUUUUUUGUAGUUUAUAUAGACAGUUUAAUUUGGCCAGUAAUAAAAUUAGAGAGUUAAUUCUUUUGGUGGCUCUAUUCGGUUGUAUAUAAAAACUGCCACAAUUACAAUUUUUCUGAGUGAGGCUCACCAAAGGAGAACAUCGUUAAUUUUUAAUACAAACGAACCGUAAAAUUUGCAUAUUCAUUAAAUAUUCUCAAAUGCAGCCGUCCUCUGACUGAUUUUUAGCAAAAGUUUGCGACUGGUACAUUUGGGGUGACUUUCGAGGGAGGAUGCGGUCCACUUGGAAAUCCAUUAGCAGUAUGUUUUUCAUUAAUUAUAUAAAAUAUACUCUAACUUAAAACUACUGCAUUGCAUAAUGCGAAAAUAAAAUUUUUUCUUCAAUAAAAAUUAGAAGAUUGGCUGCUGCGGUUUGAAGGGACGAUAUUAAAAAUUGUGUAUUUUUCGCGAAAAAUUACAUGGUUUUUUUUUUAACUUUUCUGGAUGCAUAAUAUGAAAAAAAAAAAAAAAAAAAAAAAAAAAAAAAUUCUUGCCGACCAGUAACAUUCAUGACUUGGCUUGGCUCUCCAUUUCAAGAAUAUAAUGUCACUCAAAAUUACAAAAAAAAAAUCGAUCCUACAUAGUAAAGCUUGAAAUUUGACUAGUUCAUAUACAAGUAUUUAAUAUAUUCAUUUUAAGAAUUCACGUUAUCGACCCUCCUAACCACCUAAAAUUUGAAUAUAAGAUAGCCAGCCCCUAUAAUUUUUAGGAUGAACUUAAAGGUUCUGUUGGCGAGUUUACCUAUAUUUUGAAAGAAAAAUAGCACACUUAACUAUCCUUGAUUUAUAGGUUUCAAUGAGAUUGUCCUUAAAUUUUACAAAGGAAUAUAGUAGAAUAUAGCAAGUGCUUUAAUUCUAUAAAGACACAGACGUGAUAGAGCACCCUUUUUAUUUUCACAAAAAUUGUCUGUUAAGUGGCAAAAAUUUUGACUAAAAUAUAGGCAUUCACUAUAUUUUCCAGGUCAUAGACGUUAUAUAAAAAUAGACCAAGUUUGAAUUUCACACUAUUUAGGUUUCUAUGAGAUUGACCUUAAUUUUACAAACGCAUAUAGCAAAAUAUAGCAAGUGCUUUUCUAUUAAGGACACAGACGUGAUAGAGCGCCCUUUUUAUUUUCACAUUUCACGUUCAGCCCGCCUAAUCUCCUUAAAUUUGUAUAUUAAAUGUUGAGCCACUAUAAAUUUUAGGAAUAAAUUUAAGGUUCUGUGUGCGAAUUGACGUAUAUUUUGAAAAAAAAUAGCACUUCACUAUCCUUUUCAGGACUGAGUCGUGAUAGAGCGCCCUUUUUGUUUUCACAAUA